AUGACUCUCAAUACAUCAGGUCCAAUGACUGUGCUAAUUUUGCCUCCCUUGCCCAUACCUCCUUCAGCCAGACUUCCAGUUCUUGUUUUUUCAACCCUGGCAUAUCUGAUAACAAUAUUAUGCAAUGCAAUGGUUUUUGCCUCUAUUGUUAUGAACCCUAACCUGCACAAGCCAAUGUAUUUGCUUCUCAUUAAUUUACCUGUUUGUGAUAUGAUGGGUGCAACUGCCUUUUUCCCCAAAAUGAUUUCCACCAUGUUGUCUGAUCCCAGAGUGAUCUCACAUUGGGAAUGCGUCCUUCAGGCCAUGUUUAUGCACAUGUACGGUGGUGCAAAUUCCUUAAUAUUGACUGUCAUGGCCUUGGAUCGCUAUGUAGCUAUCUGCAAACCACUGUCUUACCAUGCCAUAAUGACCAAUAGUAAUGUUGUCAAACUGAUCUUCAAGAAAGAGUCAGAAGCUAAACGUAAAGCACUUCAGACGUGUGGAUCUCAUUUAGUCGUUUUUUUAUUCUUUCAGUUAAAUUCUUUUGCUAGUUUCAUGGCACAUCGUAUUCGCACUACACCCCUCGAUGUGCUGUACAAGAAACUGAGCAAACUCUAG